ACCGCAUAGUGCAGAUUGCGCGCCUACGCUAGCCGCUGCUCGACGCCACAGCGGGCGGUAGUACUAACUUGUCUCUCAUUGCUAGAUGUUCAGCUUAGUUAUUUGUGUGUUUUGCUUUAAAACUUAAAGUAACUCAUUAGUAGAAAAGUGAUAUUUAAAACUAAUCAAAUAUUUCACCUACAGUGAAGUUUCAGGGAUUCCAUUUAGGUGAAGGAUUUGUUUCUGAUUGUUGAAGUGACUGGCUUAGAUUCUCCCACGGCAGCGACGGUUAAUUUAUUGGAAUAUUGACAAAAAGACUCGAAGUCUAUCAUACAGCACUCUUGCGCAAUAGUAGUGCGCUUUAUUUACCUAUACCGAUGUCUAGGUAUUCAAAAUUAAUAUUCAAGGUUCUACGCUGUCAUUAGCAGGUAUAUUGGAUGUAUACAGGUGAUCGACGUGAAAAUGGGAAGAAGUUACCAAUGUGAAGUGUUAGCCGUAUUUGUAAUAGUAGCAGUUGUCGCGCAGCUCGUCGCUGCACAACCACCUCUAGCAGAUGAUUCUAUAGGUAGAGACAAGGCUGUAAGGCAAUCUUUAUUAAGGGCAGGAAAAAAUGUAGCAACAAAACCUAAAUGGGGCUUUUUUGGCACAAUAUUCAAUCUUAUUCUUGAGCAAAUCAACGACACAAAAAGUGCCUAUAAUCAAGUAUCGGAUUUAGUAAAUAAUCAAUUUGUUGAUGACAAUGCUGUCUCCUCAAUGCCAGAUUCACCAACGAAUGGAACAACGGAAACACCUAAAAUUACAAGAUCAGAAUUCCUUAGAAUUCUAGAUCGUAAUCUAAAGGGAUUGGCUCGACUUCGUAAUCUAGAAUGGCGUGAAGCUAGAAAGGAUUCUUGGGCGAAUGCGCAAGGGUACUGGAAUGAAAUUUUUGCGGGGAAGAAAUCACGAAGGAGAAGAUAAAAACAUGACUGAUCGUUAAGAUAACCUAAUUAUUUAAAUGUACAUAAUAUGUGCCACAGAAAAAGAUGAAUAUAUUUUCCCUACUAAUUGUU